GCAGCUACCCAUUCCCAUAAUAUGGAUUCCGAUAGUGAAGUCGUUACCAUCAUACGUUCCUAUGAGGAUUACAUGCCUUAUUGCAAGUUCCAAAAAGAAGAACUCCAUGACACUUACCAGAUUCCUCUCCAUGGCUUCAAGAUGGCACAAUUCAGUGUCUAUGUUAACAACAAGAAAGGAACGAUAAAGAUUGAAGGCGAACGUCCAGUGAAUGGAAGUAGAUGGAGUCGCUUCCGACAGAGUUUCAAAGUUUCUCCUGAUGUCUAUAGAGUUGAGGAUAUUUGUGCAACGUUUCAUGAUGGUGUUCUUUCUAUAAAAGUACCCAAAAAUAAACCUUCAAAUGAUCACACAUAUAAUCCAAUUGCGUUGGCGAACAAGAGUUUGCUUAUGUGGAUUACACCAGCUCUUGUUGCGAUGGCCGCAGUUGGAGGUUACGGAAUAUUCAAAUAUUACACAACUAUGGAAGUUAUAGGGAGCUGACUCUUGUAUUGAACGUAUGCAUGUAUUUAACUUAAACAUUUACUACUAAUUAAUGAUUUG